CUUUCCUUUAACUUUCACGUUAUGUGCAUGUCUCUUUAAUUGCUGAUGGGUUUGAGAACAUACAUCACGGAAUGCAGCUGCCGAGAAAUCAGUCCAGUGCUUGGUCAUGUGGACCAGAUAGGCAUAGCCAUACAUCAUCCAGAGAAGGAGGCUGUAUUCAGAGAAGAGAAGAUGAGCAGAAAUUGGGGCAAGAGGACUUGAAAGGGACGAGAAAAAAACUGAGGCUUCUACUGCAGAUGACUUAAUGCAGACCUUCUACACUCAGCUAGGAGAGCUGCUAUUUAAUUUUUUAUAUUCACAUUUUAUUUCCAUAGAGAUCAGGUACUGUAGCUUUGCUUUUAUGUGCAUCUAUUUAUAAGGAUCAAUCAGUAAUCCCGAUUGGGAUGGAGUGGAAAGCCCAAUUCAAAUGAUUAAUGAAUGUUUAUAGGGAAAGAUUGAUGAGGAUUGACAGGACUUGGGGUUGUAACUUCAGCUGUGAUCCAGUGAUUUAGAGCUCUCGAAGACAGCUCCAUUACGACAGAACAGUUCUGCAAACUGGGGCAAGCUGCGAGAAGAGGAUAAUAAUGCCAAGAGGAAAACAAACUGACCAGAAGAUAAACCGACCAGAGCAGACAGCUACAUGAAAAGCAAAUUAAAGGAAUAAAGCAUUAUUUUUUAACCUAAGCUCUAUGUUAUGCAUCUGUAGUAUUAAGCAAUAGCAAUCAAUAAUCAUUUCAACAGGUUUAGUGCCAAAGAAGUGUUGGAGACCUGAGAUGGAGUACAUCAGGACACAGUGUGAGCUGUGAUUUUUUUCAAGAGGGUUGCAAACAUGAUCCCUCACAGUGCAGGAGUCACAGUCAUUCUCAGUCUUACUUUGAUCAGCAGCUUACAGGCUGCAUACCUGACUGAAGAUGGAGGAGACCAAGCACAGACACAGACAAGCCCUGUUAAAGAUCACAAAGAUGUUCACCGUGCUGGCAGCUUACUGUGGAGCAGCCAGACAUCAAGAGAUAAUAUGGACACCACUACUCCACCAAUAGCCACUGGCCUUCCAUCUCUAAUCAACUUAUUUGCAACAUCUUCCAAUCCAGCCUCCCAGGUCAAGAGCAAGGAAUUCAAAGCUUCGGGAUAUACAACAUCUCCAGAUCAGAAAACUGAAAUGAGGCUAAGUGAUGCCUGGGAAUUCAGGCAGUCCAAAGCUAAUGCUCAAAGAUCACAUGACACAGGAAUGAAACAGAAGCACACAGACCUACUGACAACUCUACAGGUUGACAGAAGAACUGUUGAGGAGCUCACCAAGAGGCCACCUAAUCUUGGUACAAAUUCCUUAAGAGAUAGUUUGACAUUAGACUCUACAUCCAGUCAGACAACUCCAGGAUUGGAGAAAAUGUAUGAAGGUCAGUAUAAGAAAAACAAGACAUCUAGGCCGACUCUAGACAAGACAUCCAGACUGACUCCAGGACUGACAGCACACGCUUUUAUUCCAGGCUCGCUUUCACGAGAUGACUGGAAUGACGACUUAACUGAAUCCUCAUCCCUGCCUGACUGCAAUAUUGACACCAUGGGGGUCUGCAACUCCUCCAACCCUCUCUGGAGCCUUGGUCUCCCUGACAACCUCACCAGGGCCCUGAAUCCUGCCUCCCCAAUGCCCCCCCAUGAGAAUGUAACACCAUCUCCUUCUAUAAUAAUGACCCCACCUCUUUUGGUGCCAUUAUUUUCAGACUGGAAUGCUGCAAUGGCAACGUGGGGCCUGGCAUGGGAGCUGCAGGUAUACGGGCUGGGUUGCGUGUUCUCUCUGGUGGCUGUAUUGUCUGCGCUAAGUUUACUGUGCCUCCCUCUGUGCCAGCCAUCCGGCUGUGCCAACUUCACCCUCUUGCAUCUCCUGCAGCUGCUUAUUGGUUCAAGUCGGGCUUUCUGGCUCAUUUAUGACCCCUAUGGUCAAAAGGAACGCCUCCCUGUGGCCUGGGCACGGCUCCUACAUGAGGCCGGCUACCCAUGUUUAACCGGAGCAUUUGGCAUGCUUCUUGUGCUGCUUUCUCCUCAGCUACUCUCUCAGAAUGCACUGCGGCGGUGUAUUUGCUUGUUAGCUAUGCUCAUGCUGCUUCACAUGGCCACAGUUCUGGGCACAGUUGGAAUAUUAUGGAUUUUUCCUUCCCUCCCUGUUGUUUCUCUGCUGCCACCUGCAGUCUUCCUGCUUCUUUCUUGUCUCCUCUCCACUUCAUACCUGCUGCUCUACUGCUGUGCCCGUGUUGAAGCCAAGCACAUCUACAGGCUGAGGGAGAAUUCACCUGAUCGUCUGGCAUGCCAGGCCAGUCAGUGCCCACUCAGUGAGGCAGGAGUGUGGGAGCGGGCAGCUGGAAUGGGACUGGUCUCAGCAAUUUUCCUCCUGGCAUGUGCAGGUCUCAGGCUCUAUGCCAUCCUGCAUACACUGGGAAUGACUGGUGGCAGGAUGGGUCUCAUGCCCUGGUCUUGGUGGGUCUUUCAGCUAUGCUGCAGAGCAUGCGAGGCAUGUGUCUGUCUCACUCUAGCACUCAUCCUCACACACCCUCUACUCUGCUGUGGAGUAGCUCGUCCCAAACUAAGUCACUGGAACUCAUGGUUCAACAGGUCAUCCACUAGGAAUACAGUGAUCACCAAACCACAAAUACUGUCAAGUGGUUGGACCAAGAAGACUGGAGAGACUCUGCAUGAAAGCAUGUCACGCCAUGAGAGUGAGAGUGUGCCACUUUAUACCCUAGCAGAGCUGCCCCUUGGAGAACCAGAAGGCCUGGAGCUUAACUAUCCCAAUAGCCCUCAACCUGCCCCUGCACAACCUCCUAAAAAUGGACUUUUGGUCUCUCCUCCUUCCUUCCUCAGCCUGUAUUGUGAUUCUACAGUAGAUCUAAGGCCUCCAUCUCCUAUUGAUUUGCGGAGAAGCAUUGAUGAGGCUUUAAACAGUGAGGCUCUAUUCCAUCGCAGCCUGUUCAGCUCCUCCAGGCUGUCCCUCAGCACCCGGGGGCCUCCAGAUGGCCAGCCAUGCAGAGGAAUACCUGCAGAACCAUCACUCUACCGCACUGCAUCAUGUGGGGAUGUGGAUUUGCCUUCUGCACCAUCGCCACCUGUAUUAAGGAGCAGUGCAGCAUGGAAGGCCUCCAACUUCAACUCCUUACGUGGGGGAACUAGAAGUCAUGGAGGUCAGGCAUCUUUUUAUACUGGCUUUGGCCCUGGGCGCUACUCUCAGAAGCAAUACAGGGCUCUGGGCUCCAUUUCUUCCAGAGAGCAUUUGUAUGAUCAACACAUUCGCACACAAGCUGAUGAACUGGCUGUGCAAGCUGAAUUCAUCAACGUCUGCAGACAGAUAGACUCACUGAGUGUCUGCAGUGACACCAUUGAACUGUAGGUUAUCACAACUGAGUUAAGCAGCUCUAAGAGUGGAGAUCAUCUAUAGCCCAAGUGCAUGAAACCUAAACUUUCAAAAGGGAUUCUGUCGGAGAUGGAACACUUAUCUACUGCAGUUUAUAAAAGCUAAAAGGUUAGCAGACUCUUAAAAAAUGCCACUGCUGUGGUUUUACUUUUAAGAGAAAGGAGUAUUUUAAAAUAUAAAACCUGAUUUAGUACUGACUGGUCAUUUAACAGUUUUAUGGCACCAUAAAAUAUUGGGAAUUGGGAGGGUUUCAAAUCCAUAUUCACAAAAUCAGUGCUUCUGUGCCUUUUUCAGUUCUCCAAUAACAUUAUUCUGGAAGUGAUUUGUCAAGCAAAUUAUGAUUCAAUACAGAGAAAGCAUUGAGUUGAUUUUGAUGGAUGUAUGAAUUUCGCUCCAGCAAUGUACUUUCCUAUUGAGUUGCACGUGUAAAUAUUUUCAGUUUAAAGGCACCAUCACGGUUUGGGCAAUUAAUUUGUUUUGGUAAUACAAUUGAUAUACAACAUUCCUAAUAAAAUAUACUAUAAAUAGAGGAAAGAUUAAAUUUGUAUAUACAGUAUAUAUAUAUAUAUAUAUAUAUAUGUUGGCAACAAUUAACUUUCAAGGCAAAAUCUAAUAAAUCAAGAAAGGAAGGGCUUUUUCUCCAGCAGCAAUAUGUCUACGUUUAGCACUUUAUAACCGGAUAAGGCGUCACAGAGAACGGAGUGUGCUUAGGUGUGGCUUAACUUAGAUUAUUUACCAGAGGUUUUCAAGGGAAGUCUAAGAUGACAAAAAUUAUUAAGUUGAUAAAAGUUUGUAAUACUAAUAUAGCAACACCAGUCGAUGCAUGUAUGGGGAAAUAGUUGUAUUUUAGGCUCUUAUUUCCUCCCCAUCACAAAAGAUUUAAAAUAUUUUACCUUCUUCACUUUAGCCUUCAUUCUUUUAAUUUUUGUACUGGAUUUAGAAGCACAAGUCAGAACUUCAAUUAUACAUCUGUGUUUUUAUAGGUAACUAUGAAAGUUUAUGAAAAUGGUAAACUUGGCUGUUAGCACCAUGUCGAUAUUUAUAAUGAAUUAAUGGAUGAAUGAAUAAAUAAACAACGGCUUAAUGGAUGAAUGAAUAAAUAAACAAAUAAAUAAUGUGAGAACCAUGAAAAGAUGGUUGGAUGUGUAAAUUUCUAUAACAAUAUUUACUUGAACCUGUUGAUCCCAUGAUCCAUUUAGAUUUGAGACCAUCAAGUCAUCACAAUCCAUCCCAUCCUGUGAGGCUAUUACAUAAACCAUAGCAUAUAUAUAAAUAAAUCCACACACUAAAUGCCAACAUUGCCACCUUGUGGUAUCAUGUAAAUAAAGAAAUGAUGAGACAGCAUCUUGGAUCAUAACCAUCUUUAUUAAUGUGACCAUUUUGCAGAUCAUGGCUGAGUGUUCAGCUUUGGGCGGUACUCCUGUACAACAGUAAUACAUGAGCAGCAAAAGCCUUUCAAAGCAGUAAUUAUUAAAUCUGCCUAGAGGUCAAAUCCCAAAACUGCACCGUUUAAGCUCUAAUUGUGCUUUACAUCGCUAUAAGCACAGAGAUUAACUUGUUUGCUCUGACAUCAUUCUCUGUCUGAUGAACUCUGGUCCUGUAGUCUCCUGUUCACACUACAUGAGAUUUCAGGUCCUCGGUUUAUUGAGCUACUUUACAGAAUAUUGUCAAAAAAUAAGAUAGUAACAUUGAACAUAAUAAAGGACUAUAAUAAAAUAGAUUUCUUUGAGCAGUUUCUUUUGUCCAAAAGACUCUGUACAAAUUUAGGGAACUGCCUGACUUGCCAGCAAUCA